UUUCCGGAUGGAGGUCUUGAAGAUGGCGAAUUCUAGGGUUUCUCUGCUUCGCCAUAGUUUCAACUCUUUUCUGCCGCCUUCUCCUACCUCUACGUUUUCUCUGUCUAUCUUACCUACCCGUAGAUUCAUCGUCUCCGCUUCAAUUUCUUCAAAAGAAUCGUUGGUUGAUUCGAUAUCUUCAUCUUCCCAAGAAGCUGCAAUUCCAUCCACCGACUCUGCAAACCCUAAUUAUCGGUGGAAGCCAAUGUGCCUCUAUUAUACUCAAGACAAAUGCACCAUGAUGCAAGAUUCCACUCAUCUACAGAAAUUCAACCAUAGUUUCUCUUUAAAACCUGCACUAAAUGCUGGUGGAUACAAGAACAAGCACUCUAAGCAUUUGGAUUUCUUUCUUGUGCUUGAUUUGGAGGGGAAAGUUGAGAUUCUUGAAUUUCCUGUUUUGAUGAUCGAUGCCAAAACCAUGGACGUUGUAGCUUUCUUUCAUAGGUUUGUUAGGCCUUCAGAAAUGAGUGAAGAAAGAGUUAAUCAAUACAUUGAAGGAAAAUAUGGAAAACUAGGUGUUGACCGGGUUUGGCAUGAUACAGCAAUUCCAUUUGAGGAAGUUAUAGUACAAUUCGAAGAAUGGCUGGCAAAACAUAGCUUGUUCAGCGAGGAACUUGGCGGACCACUUAAUCGAGCUGCAUUUGUAACCUGUGGGAAUUGGGAUAUAAAGACAAAAAUACCCCAGCAAUGCCAAGUUUCAAAAAUGAAACUACCAUCAUAUUUCAUGGAAUGGAUCAACUUGAAGGACAUAUAUCUCAACUUUUACAAGAGAAGGGCAGCUGGAAUGCGUACGAUGAUGAACGAACUGAAGAUACCGAUGUUGGGAAGUCACCAUCUUGGCAUUGAUGACACGAAAAACAUAGCGAGAGUGUUGCAACAUAUGCUCACAGAUGGUGCGGUUUUGAAGAUUACGGCAAGAAGAGAUCCUCGAUCUCCCGAAAGUGUCGAAUUCCUCUUUGUAAAUCGUAUAAAAUAGGUCUGUCUCCUCUACAGGCCAUGCUCUUCAAGUGGUCAUUGAAUCAUAGGAUAUGUUGCGGGAUUUUCGCAAAGUUUUCCGUCAUAUUAUAGUUUUAGCAGUUUUUAUAAAAAAAAUUCAUUUUCGUUAUCCGAUUAAUGAUCAUAGUAAAAUGUUUGGCUA